UCUAACUCGUUAUAUGGGGCUGUUUUAUCUAUAUUUUAUUUUAAAAGUUCAGAUUUAAUCUUAUAUUUUAGUAGAUCCGCUAUUAAUAUUCGCCGAACUAGAGUUCGCCUUUCCACGGAUAAUAUUCGCGGAAUGAAACUUUUACGGUCCACGGAUAUAUAUUAACAACGGAUUCAUUAAACACUUAGAUUGAAUCUGAAUCCUUAAAAUAUAGAUCCAACGGCUCCACUGUGUUAGAUAAGCCCUCCCUAACAUACGGAGACCCUGUUUAACUUUUCAAUGAUCAAAUUCACUAAAUUUUGACUAAAAUUUAUACAUAUAAUAUAAUAUUGAAAAAUAAAAAAAAUGAUGUCAUUAUAAAGUACAUACAAUAUACUAUAAAAUAUAAUUUUUAGUUUUUUAAAAUAAUAAAAAUUUUGUUCUUUAUACUUAGUCAAAAUUUUGUCAGUUUGACUGUUGAAAGUCAAAACAAGACACUUGAAAUGGGAUGGAGGGAGUAGUUUAUUUGAGGAAUAAUAUUUUAAAUUUUUAUAAAAUAUAAUUUUAUAAAUUAUUUAAAUAUUAAUUUUUUGAAUAAAAUUUAAUAUUUAAAUAUUUUUAUUACAAGAAAUUUUUUUAAAUAAAUUAUGCAGCUAUAUUUGAUAUAUAUCCUAAAAUUUAUGUUAGUGAAAAAAUUAUAAGAAAAUAAGAGGUAGAGGAUCGUAUUUAUGAUGAACCAACAAUUGACCAGCUGGCCUUUAUGGAAUAUAAAGACAACGUUGAAUAACUCUCGCAGCCCCCCUUAUAUUCACGUGCCGGUUUGCCAGUUUAUUUGUUUUAAGCUCUCUUCUGGAAAUUGGUGAUUAAUCACUAUUAAUCACCGAUUAAUCACUUGACAUUAAAAAAUUAAAAAAAUUACCGAUUAAUUUAUGUUAUCGAACUGAUUAAAUAUUUGAUUAUAUAAUUAAUUAUCCGAUUAGUCUCCGAUCAAUCUAAUUAAUCUGUGUUCCAUGACUUUACGGAUUAAGUCCGAUUCCCUUUUUUUCCAACCGUGGUUCCGAGCAAUUAUGGGUUCAUUUUUAUUUUCUUUUGCUAAUUAUACAUGGGUUCAUCUUAUACAGGAACUCUACUAUUUACAGGCUUGAGGCUUGUAUGUAAACUGAUAAGUCUUGUAUUAUACUGUCGCUGUAGCUGUAUUAUCAGAGAGUUUGAAUUUUUAACACAUGCAUCUACAUCUUGCAGUUUUUCUACCGUAAAGAGCAUUAUUAGUCAUGUACUCCUUCCGGCCCAUUAAAUAAUAUACAAAUGGGUAGGACAUAUAUUAAGAAAAAAUAUAAUUUAGUGAAAGAAUGUAAGAAAAGUGGGUGAAGUGAAUCAAGUAAUAAGACAAUUUGAGAAUAUAUACCAUUAGAUCUCACGUCCAGAAAAAGAAAAUGUACAAAAAUGAAUGGAGCAAAGGAAGUAUUAACAUUAAGUAAAAUAUAUACAUGGAUAGAUAGAUAGCUCGAGUCUCUUAAGCCGCAUAAGCAACUUUCUCAUUCUUAGAACAAAAUGUACUCUGAAACAGUUGAGCUCAGUAUCAGAAUGUUUGAUCAGAUCAUCUCAUUUGCCCGAAAAGGCAAAACACCCAUUUCAUUUAGGGCCCUUUGAUCUUGCCAUGCUCUCAGUUUACUACAUCCAAAAGGGUCUUUUGUUUAAGAAACCCACGGUAACAAAUGAUCGAGAAAAUUCAGUUGAGGUCCUUGUGCAGAAGCUCAAAAAAUCUCUCUCUGUUACUCUUGCGCAUUUUUAUCCACUUGCAGGUCGCCUUGUGACAAAAAAGGAAGAAUCACCGCAGUCUUAUGUGGUGUUUAUAGAUUGUGUUAAUAGCCCCGGUGCUAGAUUUGUCCAGGCCAAAGCGGACUUGACGAUUUCUAAUAUUCUGUCACCAACUUAUGUGCCUUCAGUCGUUGAAUCUUUUUUUGAUCAUAACAGGGCAAUUAAUCAUGAUGGUCACAAGGUAUCUUUGUUAUCUGUUCAAGUGACCGAGCUAAAAGAUGGCGUUUUCAUUGGAUGCUCGCUUAACCACUCUGUUGUUGAUGGCACCUCUUACUGGCAUUUUUUCAACACUUUAUCAGAAGUUUUUAUGAAAGAUAUUGGUGACGAGGGUUCAGCAAUCACGCGGCCACCUAUUCAUGAACGCUGGUUUCCUGAUGGAUAUGGUCCUGUUAUUAGCCUCCCUUUUACUCAUACCGAUCAAUUCAUAAGCAGGCACCAUGCUCCGGAGCUUAAACAGAGGAUUUUUCAUUUUCAAGCCGCAGCCUUGGCAAGACUCAAAGCAAAGGCAAACGCUAUAUGCAUAAAUAAAAGCACUAAAAUAUCAAGUUUACAGGCCUUGGCUGCCUUAAUGUGGAGAUGUAUGACUCGUGUUCGAGGCUUGCCACAUGACCAGAUCACAGGUUGCAAACUGGCUAUGAAUAACAGAGCAAGGUUACAUCCUCCAUUGUCACAGAAUUACUUUGGAAACUGUAUUCAGGUGCUGAGAGCUACGACUUCAGCAGGAAACCUGCUAACAAACGAUUUCGAGUGGGCUGCUUUGCUAGUGCACAAAACUGUGGCUGAACAAGAUGACAAGACAUUAAAAAAGUUCAUAGCAGAUGGGCUGCAGAGUCCUUCAGUAUACCAACCCGGGCAAUUUUUUGAUCCGUGUAGCAUUAUGAUUGGAGGCUCACCACGGUUUGACAUGUUUGGAAAUGAAUUCGGACUUGGAAAAGCUGUGGCAAUUCGGAGCGGAUGUGCUGAUAAGUUUGAUGGAAAAGUUUCAUUGUAUCCAGGGCCUGAAGGAGGAGGAAGCAUGGAUCUUGAUAUUUGCUUGCCUCCGCAUUUCAUGACGGCUUUGGAAUGUGAUGAAGAGUUCUUGGAAGGUCUUAAUCUUUAUGGCUAAUUAUACUGGUUUCAAUUUGUACUUUUUCUAAUAAUAGUUCUCGGUUGAGCCAGGAUCGAACCUAUAUCUUGGUAGGAGAACCUGUAGCGUAUUUCUUUACGGUAUUGUGUCAGUUUUUUUACUGAAUUUUAUUAUUACUGCCUUGAUAAAGUAGACAACUCAGAGUCUCAUCUUGUAAUUUGAUUUUCUCAAUUUAUUCCUUCAUUUAUAUUCC